AUGUUAACGAAUCAUCUGGAUCAAAACCAUCCAAGUCCUCAAAGCGAUCCUUGCAGUUUAAAUUUCAAUUCAGUCAACGAUCUUGAUCGACACAAACUGUACGAUUGUGAAAAAAUAACUGUUCAGUGUCCUUUACAAUCAAUCCGAUGUGAAGAAAUGAUUCCUCGUAUCCAUCUCUCUCGAUACUAUCUAAGUGAUCAACAUCAAAAAGUCUUAACUAAAGUCGUUCUUCGAAUGUUAUUAAAUUUAUCAAUUCAAGUUUCUCAAACAAUUAACAUUUUAUCCGAUGGUGUUGGAAAUUUAGUUGACGAACUAGAAUCUCUUAGCACUGAAUGUGAUCAACUCGUUAUGGUCGAUUUUGGAAAUAUACCAAAUGGAGUCACACCUUAUAUACUUCGUCUUAGUUCGGGAUUAACAAUUGGAAUUCAAGAAACUAUGAUUCAACAAGAAACUGAAAAACAACAAAAACUAUCCUAUUCUUCAACGAUGAGUGCAGAGACAGAUCAAUUUAUGGCUAUGAAUUAA